AUGUCAUACCUGUGGAUUCUGCUGCUAGGAAGCCUGCUGGCCACAAGCGCCAGAGCACAAGAUGACACAGACCCAACAGAGGACCCAACAGCUUAUGAGAACACACCCUCUGAAGCAGAUGCAGCCCCCAAGGUCAACGGAGAACCUGCCCCAGAUGAGGAGGAGGAGGAGGAGGAGGGUGUGGUACCAAGGUUGAGUGAGCCUGAGUCUCAGCCUGAGCCCACUGCUGAGCCUGAAGCUGAUGAUGAUGCGGGUGUGGUACCAAGGUUGAGUGAGCCUGAGUCUCAGCCUGAGCCCACUGCUGAGCCCACUGCUGAGCCUGAAGCGGAUGUGGCACCAAGGUUGAGUGAGCCUGAGUCUCAGCCUGAGCCCACUGCUGAGCCUGAAGCUGAUCAUGAUGCAGCUGCGACUCCUGCAAGUGAAGAUGCAGAACUGACAGCUCCCACAGAUGCUGAUGCAGAUGCUGAUCCAGAACUGACAGUUCCUCCAGAUACUGAUGCAGAUGCUGAUGCAGAACCCACAGCGCCUGUAGCUCCUGCAGGCGAUGAUGCAGAACCGACGACUCCUGCAAACGAUGACGCAGAACCAAUGACUCCUGCAGAUGAUGAUGCAGACCUAGCAGCAGACACAAUGACUGGAGAAGCUACAACAACGCAAGCUCCAGCAGCUGAUCCAGAAGCUGAGCAGGACGCAGAUAAGGAAGAGGAGGAACCUACUACAGGCAAUGAAACAACACCUGGUCAGGAGGAGAGCGGACCUGAUGACGACACCAUGCCAGCAACAGAACCAGCUCUAGAUGAUGGGCAGGAGGAAGUAUCUGAUGUCCGUGAGAGAAAAGGAUCGCCAAAGCUCAGAACAGCAGUUGAUGACGAAGAUGAUGGAUCCAAUGUGAAUGCAGCACCUGUUUCUGGCACCUCAGGAGAUGGAGACAACUCUCAGACUCGAGCCAGUUCCAGCUCUUUAGCAGGCAUCCUGUGUGCAAUUACUGUGGCGGCCGUGGCAGCAGUCACUGUAUACUUCACCUAUCAGAGGAAGAAACUAUGCUUCAAAAAUGGACAGGAAGCAGAUCCAGAAGCUGGACGCAAAGCUGAUAAAACAGAGGGCCAGUCAGAUCCCCAGGUCCUUAGCAACCUGCUGAAUUUUUUUUUGAUUACUCGCCUCCCUGGACCAACUACAUUCAAGCAAAGUGGCACUCUCACAUUUAGGCUCUUUCCUCUGAAGAGUUAA